UCAACAUCAACGACGAUGAGCGAUCAGAAGAAGCGAGACGUGGGGUAUGAUGUGGAGGUGGAAGAGGAAGAGGUGGUGGUGGUGAGGGAACAGGUGGUGGUAGAAGAGGAGGAGGAGGUGCUGUUGGCAACGUCAGUGGACGAGAACGGCAACGGCGGCAUGCACGGUCGAGGUCGUCGUCGCAAAGCAAGUGAGGAGCAGGAAGGCGAGGAGGAGGAGGAAGAAGAGGAGGAGGAGCCACUGGAGGAUGCUGUGGUGGAGGAAGGACCCGUGGAGGCUGAAGCCGAUGAGGACGUCAUGGAUACGCUGCGCUGGGCCAUGGAGACAGACACGCCCCAUCACCGCACAUCGCUGCCCGUACCGCGCGUGCACAAUGCCAAGGACCAGAGCAUGUGGUCCGUGCUUCGCAAGAACGCCGGCAAGCGCAUGUCACACAUCUCCAUGCCGGUGACCUUCAACGAGCCGCUGUCAGCCCUGCAGAGGCUGUGCGAGGAAGCGGAGCACAGCCACCUCUUGGACCAGGCCAGCAUUGAGGACUCGCCGCACCAGCGUUUGCUGCUGGUUGGCGCGUUUGCCGUGUCCAUGUAUGGGCAGACUGCCUACCGCAGCGGCCGCAAGCCGUUCAACCCAAUCCUCGGCGAGACGUUCGACGCCGUGCUUCCCGACCGCGGGUUCCGCUUCAUCGCAGAGCAGGUCUCCCACCAUCCACCCAUCUCCGUCGGCGUUGCAGAGUCGAAGCACUGGACCCUUUACCAGGAGGCUGGCGCCAAGACCAGCAUGCGGCCUUCCUCUCUGAAGAUUGUGCCGCACGGGUUUGUGCGUGUGAAGCUGCAUGCACACGAUGAGACGUACGAGUGGAGCAAAGUCACCACCACCGUGGAGGACGUCCUGUCAGGGAAGAAGUGGGUUGACCACCACGGCAAGCUUGUUGUCACGUGCCUCAACUCCGGCGACGUCUGCCUGGUCGAGUUCCAGCAGUACUCUGUGAUGUCGAAGAAGAAGAAGUUCAAUGUUCGCGGGCAGGUGCUCACGGCAGCGGCGCCAAAGAGGCCCGUUGCAUCGUUCUCCGGCAAAUGGACAGAACAGAUUGUGUGCGAUCAAACCGGGGAGGUGCUGUGGACCAACGAGCCGCCAUCGCAGGCUGCGCUUGACCACGGCUUUGGGUUCAGUGCGUUUGCGUGUCGACUGAACGAGCUGCCGCCACAAGAUUCGCAGCAGUACGCUCGCCUCCUCCCCUCAGACUCACGAUUUCGCCCAGAUCAGCGCAUGCUCGAGAACGCCCAAUACGAUGAAGCAGCAGAAGAGAAGAAGCGCGUUGAGCAAGUGCAGCGCGAUGCGCGGGCCGCUCGCGCCGCCGCCAACACCGGAUAUGAGCCCCGCUUCUUCCGCUGCUGUCGCCUCCCAGUCCCGCGCCCACACACCGUCGCAUUUGCACUGAAGGACAAGCGCCACCAGGAGACGGUGCGUGAGGAGUGGGUGUACAAAGGCGGGUACUGGAGAAUGAAGGCUGCGGGCUCCUACCCAUCGCUCCCGCCGCUCUGGUGACUAUGCCAGGCUGUGUCGUUGCUUGUUGAAUUCAAGCCUUGCUUGGCCGUGCUGUAUCUGACCAGGCCACUGUAGUUGUUCCACAUCCUGUCGGGUGUUGUUGUGCUUCGUUCAGGAUAUCGCUUCCAAUUAGAGCUCUGUGUAAAAGUGCAAUUGCGUGUGUGCGUGUGUGCGUGUAUGCGUGUGUGCAUGUGUGCAUGUGUGUAUCUGUCCGUCUGACCUUCUGGCUCAAUGCCCGCACAUGAACGCGCCAUGUCCUUCUUUCUGUGACUGUUGCCGCUUAUGAUGCACCGUUACAUACAGACGCAGACAUACAACUGCUUACCUGC